AUUGAGAAUGUCCAAUAUGCUUCUUGGGUGGAGCUAUUCAAAAUACACGCUCGAGAUUUUGAAGUGUUGGAUCAUAUCAUUCCUCUGAGAGACGAGUCUGCGGAUGACACUUUAUGGAAGCAUCUUGAUGCUAUCGUUCUCCAAUGGAUAUAUGGUACUAUAUCCACCGAUCUUUUGCACACGAUCUUGGAACCACAAGCUUCUGCCCAGAUUGCUUGGAAACAUCUUCUGGCGAUAUUUCAGGAUAAUAAGAGUUCCAGAACGUUGGCAAACGUUGGGUCUCCGGUGUCAAAUCAACUUCUAGUUCUUCAACUUUUGUCAGGAUUAUCUGAGGCAUAUGAUGGUGUCGCAACCAUCAUUUAUCAGUCCGAUCCUUUGCCACCAUUCUACAAAGCUCGAAGCAUGUUGACGUUGUAA